AUGAAUGCUCUGACUUUGCUUACAAUCGCAGCCACAGCUGCCUUCGCUAGUGCCCAUCUAGGAUACAGCCAAGCCUACAGUGCACAUCCAAACACAUACCAUGGUCUUGUGCCCCAUGGGUAUGGGUAUACAGGCGUUUACCCUGCGUCUGUACCUGUUUCUCAUGCACCUUUAACCUAUAGCCAUGCAGCCCCUGUGACAUACAGUACCGCUCCUUACGCACCUGUUCAGUCCCAGUACCAUGCCCAGGACGAGCUCGGCCAGUACACCUUCGGGUAUGCCGGAGGUCCUUCCGCCCGCUCCGAGACCCGCGAUGCAUUUGGGGUCGUCAGGGGAUCGUACAACUACAUCGACUCUGAGGGGAAGGUCCAGACCCAGCAUUAUGUUGCCGAUGCCCUUGGUUUCCGCGUGUCUGGCACUAACCUGCCCGUGGGCCCUGAUGCCCCAGUAGCUGCUCCUUUGGCUGUUCCUGCUGUGCUUCCUGAACCUGUACAAGAUACCCCAGAAGUCGCCGCUGCAAAGGCAGCUCAUGAGGCAGCUUAUAACGAGGCAGCUGCUGCCGCCGCCGCAGCUGCUCCAGAACGCAAGAAGCGCUCUGUUUUGGCAGCCCACGCUCUGGGUGUGUACUCUCCACGUCGUUUCUCCUAUGGAUUCUCUGCUCCCUUGUCCUACGGCUACCCAACCGUCUAUGGCGCUCACCAUGCUCUUACUCCAUAUACCCAUGCUACUAAUACCUACCGUAUCCCAUAUGCCAUGCCCAUGCUUAUGCCCCUCCCGCGCAUGUGCAUGUGCCGUCUGUUGCUGCCCAUACUGUAUCAGGAGCAGCCACUCCAAGUGGCACAACACUCCUCCGAGUAGAGAACAGUCCAAAACACGCAAUUUCUUACCGCGUUCAUUAAGGGAAAGAUGCACAGCCUAAAGGAGCUGGGAAAGCCAGCCAGCAGUGGCUUGGUGAAGAAGGCGUUUGUACAUACUAAGUGGCGCAGAGCCUUUCUUCGACGAGUUAUAAGAAGUUUCUUCUUUCAAAGCGUUUUGUUAAACUCGUCGUUGAAGCGUUGGCGCGCUUUUUCUAAUCGUGUCCAAAAAUGUAGAGAGCUUUUCGUGACCUUUGUGAUCCUGAUGAAUUGCUUUUUCCGUCAUAAAUACAAAAUAUGACCCAAAAACGUCUU